GGCUUGUGAAAAUCAAAUGAUACAACCCCCCCAAAAAAAUAUAUUUUAAUUCCAGAAAGAAAAUAGGAAAAAGGCAAAGGAAGGUGAAUACUUUCACAAGCCACUGUACCAGUUGGCUCAAAGCAGCUACGGUUUGGUAGCUAAAAUGCCAAUGUAUGUCAGUUGCUUAGCACUGGUAUGACAGUGGUUGUAUUCAUAUAAACUGUACAGACUGCUGAUAGCACUUCUCAUUUCUCACCUCCCUUGAUCAGAAUAGUAAUAGCCCGUACACUUCCUGUGUAUGUAUAAAACCAUGGGUCUUUGUACAGGAUAGUAUUACAUUGUCUCCAGACCCACACAAGGCCAGGGCUAUACAGUGUAUGCAGAGACUUGGACAGAUUAGGAGGAAAGAUCAGACGUCAGGGCUCUUAUGGCUCGCUUCAACACAGGAGGAGGCAGCCCCAUGGAGGGAGGGGUUCACCCUAAACUGGCAUCCCACUCCAGCCUCUCCACUAGUUCCCCUCUCUUAGCCAAGCUAGCUGCCCUGGAGAAGAGCCGAUCAGGAGGAGCCCUGACCACCACUAACUCUCCUGCAACUAAGCCUGUGUUUCAGAAGAAAUUUGAGACCACAGCCAGAGAAGAUGUAGGAACCUUGUUCCCCAAACCCCAGUCCUUCAAACCCAGGCCUGUGGAGACCAUCAGGGACACAGAGUCUUCAGGGCCUGAGUCCUCUUUCACUAAACCUCCUCUGAAAAGACCUGUCAACACAGCCUUUCUGGAUAACAAGGUCAAACUGGCUCCGGCCUCAGGCUCAGCCAAACCUCCGUGGGUAAAGGACAGUAAGUCAGAAAACACCCCUACACUCCCUAAACUGCCCUUAGCACUCAAACCAAAGAUCUCCAUCUCAUCACUGCAGUCCAACCUUGACCAAGAGACCCCGACGGAACAUCCAACACCAUCCACCCCCAAAUUGCGCCCGAUCUCCAUGUCCAAAUUCCUUCCACCCCACACCCAGCAGAACUCCCUCUCUAGACAGGAAAGUGAAGCAAGACUCCCAACUUUGAACUCUAGCAAAUGUAUGCCUCCCCAACCUCCUCUCACUCUGAAACCCAACUUCCUGACAGCGCAAACUGGAGCGAGGGAUGAACUGGUCCCUCAUGAAGAGAAUGAUGAUCCCUCUGCCCCUAAGAAGAAACCCCUGCCUAAUGUAUUUUCUCUGGGGGACCCUCCUCUGAAACCCAACAGGCCUCCCCAUGUUACCUUACAGAUGUUUAGGACUGAAGGUCCUGAGUUGAGCGCAGCGGGGCCUCCUCCUCCUCCUCCUCUUGCUCCCCACACCAGCAGUUUCCCUGCACCUCUGACACCCUGCCUCCUCUCUAACUCCCCUGCAGCUAUAAUCCAGCCCAACCAGGAGGAUAGCUAUGACGACAUUGGGGUCAUGAAUCUCCCUUCACCCCUUCCCCCUGGAGGACAUCCCAACCUAAAAAUUGAGGCAGAGUUGAGUGAUGAAGAGAUGUAUGAAGACUUAGAGGAGAGAUGGAUUGAGGCUAAAGGAUCGAAAGAAACCAACGAAGUGAAAGGGCAAGAGAAGAAGAGCGACAAAGAGGAGAAGAAACAACUAGAGCAGGAGAAGAAAAUGCAGAAAGCCAGAGAGAAGAAGGAGCAAGAGGCAAAGAAAAAGUACAAGCUCUCAGGGCCGAUUCAGGUGAUUCACAAAGCCAAGGCUCAGGUGGAAUGUAAAGGAGGAAAGAUUGACCUGCCACUAACACAGGGAGAGACUAUAGAUAUCAUACGCAUCACUGACAACCCAGAGGGACGUUGGCUGGCCAGGAACAAUGAGGGAAACUAUGGCUAUGUAAGGACUGAGGCAGUGGGCAUUGACUAUGACCUUAUAAAGGAGCAGAAGAAAGGACCCCUACCUAACCAGUCUGAGGAAAAGCCUGAGGUUUACGAUGAUGUAGGCAUCCUGGACAAUGCCUGCAGUGGGGUCAAGGUCCAACAAGCUGAAGAUGGUGAUAUCUAUGAUGAUGUGGAUGGAUCCAAUCAAAACAGAUUUCCCCCUCCACUACCUAAAGAGGGAGACGAGAUUUAUGAUGACGUGGAGUCCCAGAGCUUCACUGCCCCUCCUCCUCCUCUCAACAGUCUCCCUCAGCUGACACCUAAGGGAAAGCAAGAGGUGAUGGACCCCAAGAAGAAAAAAAGGUUUGAGAAAGAGGAAAAGGAAUUCAGGAAAAAAUUCAAGUUUGAAGGGGAGAUCCAGGUGUUAUAUGAUGUUACCAUAGAUCCUGCCUUGGACAGUAAGAAAUGGGGGAAUAAAGACCUACAGUUGAAGCCAGGAGAGGUGAUCGAUGUCAUUGUGAAGCCAACAUACGGCAAACUGAUUGGCAGGAAUAGAGACGGGAAGUUUGGUUAUGUGUCCAUGGUCAAUGUUGCACAGGAUGGUGGAGAUGUUUAUGACGACAUAGGAGAAAACUGCAUUUAUGACAAUGACUGAGACUUCUGUGUCAGAAUGUACUGAGACAACCAGCACUGAAUCUGCAAUGUACACCGCAACUGGUCUUCUUUAUUUUAUCUGGUGAAAAAACACAUUACUUCAACUGUUUAAUUGAUUGUCUUGAAAUAACUAUAGAUAAAUGUGCCUUGACUAUACUAUGGUUGUUUUGUUUAUUUAACCUGGAUUGCAAUGUGAAUGAAUGGAUAUCUCUUUGAAUGUGAAACAUUCACUAUCUAUUUUAGUUGGUAUUUCAAUUCAAAUAAGCUCUCAGACCAUUCACCAGACCUAGUAGUGUAAAGUACUGAAGUAAAAAUACGUUAAAGUACUAUUUAAGUAGUUUUUGGCGAUAUCUGGACUUUGCUCUUUACAUUUUUGACAUAUUUUACUCCACUAAAUUCCGAAAGAAAAUAAUGUACUUUGUACUCAAUACAUUUUCCCUGACACCCAAAAGUACAUUUCAAAAGCUUAGUAGGACAGGAAAAUGGUCCAAUUCACGCACUUAUAUAUAGAACAUCCCUGGUCAUCCCUACUGCCUCUGAUCUGGCGGACUCAGGACUCACUAAACAUAAAUGGUUCUUUGUAAAUUAUUAUCUUUGUAAAUUAUGAGUGUUGGAGUGUGUCCCUGGCUAUCCAUAAAAAAAUACAAUUGGGCCGUCUUGUUUGAUAAAUGUAAGGAAUAUGAAAUGAUUUAUAAUUUUACUUUUGAUACUUCAGUAUAUUUUAGCAAUCACAUUUACUUGGAUCUUAAGUAUAUUUAAAACCAAAUACUUUUAAACUUUUACUCAAGUGGUAUUUUACUGGGUGACUUUUACUUUAGUCACUUUCUAUUAAGGUAUCUUUACUUUUAAUCAAGUAGGACAAUUGGGUGCUUUUUCCACCACUGACCAGACCGGAGGCACAAGAGAUAUGCGGCACUAAAGUAGUGUCGGCGCGAUAAACCCAAUCCCCUAUUCUCUCACGAGAAUUCACCAAGUUUCCGCUGUUGUGUAUAUUUCUGGAAACAUGUCGGCACGCAUCCGUGGCCGCUCUAUCCGAAGUCUUCGGAUGCGAGGUGGGUAGCCUUACAAUGUCCCCGUUGUCUUGGACAGGUCGGAAUGACAGCGGCGAAGAGAACGUACCGCUCGAUCUGACAAGAGACAUGUACCUUACAAGUGUGACAUGUUGGACCAAUCAAACGAUGCCUACCUGCACUCCAAACCCGGGAAGGACCGCAGCCCCUUCACCAUCCUGGCCUCCACCCACUUCGUACGCAGCCGCUUCCUCAACUCCCUGACCCUCCCCAGCAAGAAGCUGCGCUCCACCAGGGACCCCAAGUGUAGCUGCACCCCCACCGAGCCCAAACUGGGGGGGCUGAGAAGGAACAGGACGGUCACAGAGCCCUCUAUCUACUCCUCGUCGCAGGGAGAUGUGUUUACAUCUGUAUUCAAUGGGACAGGCUUACCCAAGAGUCCCACAGUCAGCCUGGAAACCUCCUUUGUGGUGACCAGCGGCUCGGUGGAGGGGUCAGAGGAGCAGCUGGUAGAGAGGAGGCUAGACCAGGCUGGUGGAGGGGGUACUGGGCUGGGGGGUCCUGGAGAGCCUCCCUCCAGGGAUCAGAGUAGCCGGGAAUGUCUAGCGGGAGGAGAUGGUGGUUCCUCUUCCUCCGGAGGGGGGCUCAGUUUAAAAGCCGCAGUCAGAGCUUCAACACAGACACCACCACUAGCGGCAUCAGCUCCAUGAGCUCCAGCCCCUCCCGUGAGACCACUGGAAACCCUGAGCCCGAACCAGACUCCUAGGACUGAGUCAGCCUUUACACAGUGGUCUCGGCCAAGACCGUGAAAACGCUGUACUCCCUCAGCACAACCCAGGCCCAGACUAACCACCUGCCCCUUUCCAAUUCUAACUCUUGUCUCCCUGUUCCCCGCUGGCUACUCACAUACCCUCCCCCGUAGAGCCCAGAGUCUCAAGUCUCCCUCCAUGGCGGCUAUUAAUAGCCUGGAGGACUGCAGUUCCAUGUACACCAGCCCGCGGGAUGCACUAGGCUAUGCUACUCUGAAGAAGCUGCAGCAGCAGAGGAUCCACCCGUCUCUGUCUCAUAGCGAGGCGUUAGCGUCGCCUGCUAAAGACGUACUGUUCACUGACGCUAUCACUAUGAAGACUGGUAGUCUGGACUUGAGGCUGAUGGUGCGCAGGUUGUCUGCUAAGAGGGCCAGCUGUCCAGCCACACCGCAGGAUGUCCAUCUCUAUGCCUUGGAUAAAGGAGAAGUUUCCCUAUGCGUUUGAUGAUAUCUGUUUGUACUCUGAGGUGUCUCACUUCUGGCCCACUGUAUGUUCCGCCUGCCAUCUCGACGCUUCAUACAGGAACUCUUUCAGGAUGUACACUUCAUACCACUAAGAUGUACGAGGAAGCAGAAGCGAUCCUGUCGAUGCCACCAAAGCCUGUCGGAGUGGAUAUAGACCGUCCCACGGAAUCCUGAUCAUUGUCCCCAUCCUCUUCCCCCUCUCCCUGUUUAGACGACCCCCCCUCCCUCCAACCUUCACAUAGAGAUAACAACAGCAAUGGGGUGGGAGAAUAGAGGGAGCGGCAGGUAGCCUGGUGGUUAGAGCAUUGGACUAUUAACCGAAAGGUUGCUAGUUUGAAUCCCCGAGCUGACAAGGUAAAAAUCUGUCUUUCUGCCCCUGAACAAGGCAGUUAACCCACUGUUCUUAGGCCGUCAUUGAAAAUAGGAAUUUGUUCUUAACUGACUUGCCUAGUUAAAUAAAGGUAAAACAAAAAAAAGGGAUGAAGAGUAUGGGGGACGGGGCUAAAACAGGAUGGGAUACCCAGAGUAUGUUGCUGAAGUUUAGGAUGGAGGGAGCACGGAUGAGAGGAGUGGAGGAUCAUGGAAGUUAAAGAACAAGAAAGAGGAAAAGGGUUGUCUCCCUCCCAUUGCUUGACAAAGAGAUGGACUGUCUGAGAACAAAUGAAACCUGACACACCUAGUACCGUUCCUGCCCAUCUCCAACAGGGGGAGCAGUUUUCCCAAAAUAGUAUUUUCAGAAGCUCAAUCCGACAACGCUCAACCCGGUGACACACAACCCUGAGCAACAGACUACUUAUCACAUCCCAUUGACCUAAACACACAUUGGAUGAAUCAUGACGAAGUCUGUCUGUGUUUUCAGUGUACCUUUGCUCUGGUGCAUGCUGAUAUGAAAUGAAAAGGGGAUGUUAAGUGAAUCCCAGUCAGUGCUGGUCCCAUCCUCUUCUCCCUCCAUAUGGAAACACUACAGAAGGUUCCAGGAGCCUCCCUCAUAGUCAUACCCUCCGUCUGUCCCCAUGAGUUUAUCAAUUUCAACUCUGCUCAAAAGACUCAUUCUAGUUCAAACAACUGUUUUUCUAUUCAUUUCUACAGACAAUCAAACAUCAGUAGUGUUUUUCAAAAUGAUUUAACCAUCACUCUCUUCCCAUCCGGACACAUUAAACGUAACUUCUGUGCCUUGCUGUCUGUCAAGCCUUGUGUAAUUCCUCUGACCCUGGUCUGGAAACACACUGCUUCUGACAAUGCCAACAGCCGUUUUCUCUCACCUUUCCUUGGUUAUUUUUACGUUAAACUGCCAUGAAAUAUGCUGGUACGUGAUGUGUAGUUUAUUAUUGUUUCAUUGAUUGUACAUAUUCAAAGAGAGAGAAGCUACAGUACCUAGUUGCCCUUCCCAAACCCUACCUCUGUGCUUUGUUCUCACUGCAUGUGCAAACAGCAUAUUGAAAUAUUACAUCAUCAUUGUCACUUUUCUUCUGGAAAUUAUUCAUGUAUUUCUUCCAAAUGCUCUAAUACUUUAAUUGUCUUAAAUCAUGAUAGGUUGUCAUCACUGCUUUACAAACUGGGGAAAGUAACAGUCCCUAAGUUAUUUUCACAAUGCAACAUUGCUGUCUAUCAUUGGCUGAGAUGAGAGGGACAGGUAGAUGUGAUCAUUUAUGGAUUGGCAUAAGAUUUUCAUGGGAAAAGUUUGAUUUUCUAUUAGUUUGUUUUGCUAUUAUGCUGCUACACAUGUGUACUCAUAUGGAUGAUUUAUAGAUUGGCUGAGUGAUGUGAGAUCUAUUUAUUAUAUAUUUGUACAGUAGCAGAGAGAGAUGAGAGAAGAAAA